UACCAAUUCACCUAAAGGCACGCUUUAGUACUGAAGGAAGAAACCUGCGUGACAUGAGCGUAGAAACACGCAGACAGCAAAUGGCAUGAAUCAAACCACAUCCUUGGAGCAGUCAGGCGGUCAGACAGCAACGCCACCCUGCCAUCCACUUCCUGUAACUGAUGCACGAAUACUGAGUCACCCCUCCAUAUAAAUGCAUGUCACCUUAAGUUCUAAAUUGUUCUCCCUGUUUUGCAUUUCACUAAUCAAGAUGAAACUCAUUGUCAGUCUCGUCAUCGCCUGUGUGCUCGUCAAUAAAGUGUGCUCACUUCAGUGCUAUGAAUGUGUGGGGAAAGGGUGCACCCCGAAUAGAGUAACCUGCCCAUCUGGACAGAAAUGUGGGAGCACAUACAAGCUUGUCAUCAGUGGACAGCAAAAUCCAUUUGAAUCUGAAAGACGCUGUGUGCAACCUAAGGAGUGUUUUUCUGGUUCACUGAAUUUAGGAUUUAACAGGAUGAUUGAAAUUAACACCACAUGCUGUACUACUGACUUCUGCAAUGCUGAAACUAUUCCUGUUUCUCGUAACCAUUCCUCCAAUGGGAAGAAAUGCUUCACAUGUUCUGACAAAGAUUGUACAUCAUCUCUCAGAUGUCAGGGAGACGAAAACAAUUGUGUCAAAAUGACAGAGAUUGAUGAAGGCCGUAGUAAGUUAUCAAAAGGAUGCAUUUCCAGUAUUUUCUGUGAUGCGGCUCAUAUACCUCUGAUGAUCAGGACCACCUUUGACUGCUGUAAAGGAGAUCUGUGUAACGCAGCUCACAGUCAGGCUGGGCUGAGUUUACUGCUGCUGCUGCCUCUGGCCGGUUUCAGCCUCUUCCACUGAACUUCUGUUAAUACACUUUUAUAGUAAUAUGUGUUUUUCAGGCUUUGUUCAUUUUUGUUUAUACUCAGCAUAUUUAGUAUAGUUCAUUUUCUGUAAAAUCUUUGUAUAAUGAUUGAACAGAAGUUUGGCAUUUUUAGUGGCGCCAGCCCACAGCGAUCAGCAUAUAUAGGCGUGCGUGUGUGUGGUUUUCCUGUUUGUCUAGAGUGGUGUGCGUGCUAAGGAUCAGUUGAUGCAUUAUGGUAAGAGGUUGGCAGUUUUACUUCAUUUUCCAUUUAGAGGAAUGGUGAAUACAUUGAAGUCUUUUUUA